GUUUUUCUGACAGACAGGGGGAGGACAUUUGGUUCAACAUGGCAACCAGGUGGGGGAUCUGCAGCGCGGGGAAGAUCAGCCAUGACUUCACUGUUGCUCUGAAAACUCUUCCUUCUGAAGACCAUCAGGUUGUGGCUGUUGCAGCCCGUAAGUUAGAGGAUGCUCAGGAAUUUGCCAAGAAACACAGCAUCCCGCAGGCUUAUGGCAGCUAUGAAGAGCUGGCCAGAGAUCCCAACAUAGAUGUGGUGUAUGUUGGAGUUAUCCAUCCCUACCAUCUGAAGACCUGUCUGCUCUUCACUAAUGCGAAAAAGAAUAUUCUGUGUGAGAAGCCACUGGCCAUGAACACCAAGGAAGUGAAAGAGAUCCUGGCUUCAGCCAAAAAGAAUAACGUUUUCCUAAUGGAGGCUGUGUGGACCCGCUUCUUCCCAGCGUCUGUGGAGAUCAGAAAGCUUCUGGCUCAAGGGGAGAUGGGGGAGGUUAAGAUGGUCCGUGCAGAUUUUGGCGUGCCGCUGUUGCAUGUUCCCAGAGCUGUGCAGAAGGACCUGGGUGGAGGAGCGUUACUAGAUCUCGGUAUCUACUGCCUGCAGUUCAUAACUAUGGUGUUCAAUGGAGAGAAACCAGAGGCUGUCCAAGCCAGCGGAGUCUGCCUAGAGACGGAAGUGGAUGAGACCGUAGCUGUCGUUUUGAAGUUUUCUCGUAACAGAAUGGCUAUGUUUUCUUGCUCUGCUGGUGUGGAGCUGCCCAAUGAUGCUAUUAUUGCUGGAACAAAGGGCACAAUCCAGAUCCCCUGUCCUAUGUGGUGCCCGACAUCCCUGAUUGUUAAAGGGAAGGAGAGCCAGUACCCUCUGCCUGAGCCCUACUUGCCUCUCAACUUUAUCAACAGCACAGGGAUGCGUUAUGAAGCAGAGGAAGUCCGCCAGUGUCUGCUCAAAGGCCUGAAGGAGAGUUCAGUCAUGUCUCACGCUGACUCUCUGCUGCUGGCUGAACUGGAGGAUGAGAUUCGCCGGCAGGUCGGGGUGGUAUACAGCCAGGACUGCCAUUAAAUGUUUAACUUGGUCAGGCUGUGAUUAAAGAGAUCCAGUUUACAAUGAAGAUUAGCUUAUUCUUGUUGAUUCACUAAUGGUGAGACGAGGCCUUGUGAGGCAUUGAACACCUUGAGCAUUUUGCUUCAGCAAAUAGUUCAUUUCCUGGAGCUUCAUUUGCACGUAAAACCACCUACUGGCCGAGUCCAUAAUCAGUCAGCAAUAUAAUAUGAUGCGUAGAUAUAUUUGUUUCCCUUUAGAAACCUUGGAAUGUAAUUUCAUUAAUGAUUAAUGACUAUUAAUUGAUCUUUUAU